AUGCCGGAGCUGGGCCGGCUGCCCCGGGAGCUCCGGCGCCGGGCCGCGCGGAGGGGAGGGGCGGCCCUGCCGGACACCGUGGGACCCUCGGCCGUGCUGGGGCCGCUGCUGGUGGCCGGCGAGGCUCAUCACACGCUGCUCCUGGGAUCGGGCCACGUCGGCCUCCGGAACCUGGGGAACACGUGCUUCAUGAACGCCGUGCUCCAGUGCCUGAGCUGCACGCGGCCGCUGCGGGACUUCUGCCUGCGCAGGGACUUCCGGCUCCAUCCCAGAGCGGGCCGCACCCAGGAGCUCACCGAAGCUUUCGCAGACGUGCUGGGAGCCCUCUGGCACCCCGACUCGUGUGAGCCCGUGAACCCCGCCCGCUUCCGCGCCGUCUUCCAGAGGCACGUCCCCGCCUUUGCCGGGUACAGCCAGCAGGAUGCUCAGGAAUUCCUCAAGUUCCUCAUGGAGCGGCUGCACCUGGAGAUCAACCGUCAAGGCCGGCGCCCCCCGCCCAUCCUGGCCGAGUCCUCGGCCCCCUCGCCUCCCCGCCGGGGGACCCCCCUGCUCGACGAGGCCGUCCUGAGUGACGACGAGCGAGCCAACCUCAUGUGGAAGCGAUACCUGCAGCGGGAAGACAGCAAGAUUGUGGAUCUGUUCGUGGGCCAGCUGAAAAGCUGCCUCAAAUGCCAGGCCUGCGGCUACCGCUCCACCACCUUCGAGGUCUUCUGCGACCUGUCGCUGCCCAUCCCCAAGAAAGGGUUUGCCGGCGGGAAGGUCUCCCUGCGAGAUUGCUUCAACCUCUUCACCAAGGAGGAGGAGCUCGACUCCGAGAACGCCCCGGUGUGUGACCGCUGCCGGCAGAGGACGCGGAGCACCAAGAAGCUGACGGUGCAGAGGUUCCCCCGCAUCCUCGUGCUGCACCUCAACCGCUUCUCCGCCGCCCGCGGCUCCAUCCGGAAGACUUCCGUCAGCGUCGACUUCCCCCUGCAGCAGCUCAUCCUGGGAGACUUUGCCAGCGACAAGGCCGGGAGCCCCGUGUACCAGCUCUACGCCCUGUGCAACCACUCGGGCAGCGUCCACUACGGUCAUUACACGGCCCUGUGCCGGGGACAGACCGGUUGGCGCGUCUACAACGACUCCCGCGUCUCGGCCGUCAGCGAGAACCAGGUGGCGUCCAGUGAGGGCUACGUGCUGUUCUACCAGCUGGCGCAGGAGCCCCCCCGGCGCCCGUGACCCCAGCGGCCCCCUCCCCCCAACAAACGCGUGUGACCCCCGGUCCCUCUAACCCUCCCCCUCCCCCCCAACCAUCUGUGACUCUCUCCCCUCCCCCCACCCCCCCGGUCGCCCCUCACUUACCUCAGAGACAACUAUUUUUGUGUCUUUUUAAUCUGGGGGGACCCUGUCACCCCAGUAUUUUUUUAUUGGACAAAAGGCCCCCCCCAUCCCCCUCGCAACAUGUGUACAGCCCCCCACCCCCGUGUACAGACCCCCUUAGUUUCCCAGCCUCAUGUUUGGCAAAUAAAUUUACUAAGAAACCCGG